UUCCAGCACUACCGCGGUUCAUUGAAGUCCUUGAAUACUGGCAUAGUUACGCUGCUCAAUUACGGGAAACAUGUGCCACCCGCUGUAUCUCAUGUAACGCUGGCACAUGAAAUCGGACACAAUUUCGGUUCACCCCAUGAUCCCGAGCAGUGCACUCCUGGUGGAGAAGACGGCAACUACAUAAUGUUUGCUCGUGCCACUUCAGGAGAUAAGAAGAACAAUAAUAAAUUCUCGCCUUGUUCGCUAAAAUCCAUUGAGCCGGUACUGAACGCUAAAGCACGCAGCGCUAAAGGUUGCUUCACAGAACCUCAAACAUCGAUUUGUGGUAACGGCGUUGUGGAGCCAGGCGAACAGUGUGAUUGCGGUUGGGAAGAGGAUUGUAAGGAUGCUUGCUGCUUCCCCAUGUCGCGACACCCUCGAAUUGAUGAGAAACCUUGCACAUUAACACCGCGUGCCAUGUGCAGUCCAUCACAAGGACCCUGCUGUACUACAGAUUGUAAACUGAAGUUUGGCGAUAAGUGUCGUGAUGAUAACGGUUGCCGCGAUCCGAGCUUUUGCGACGGGCGCAUGCCACAAUGUCCACCCUCGGUUAAUAAACCCAACAAAACCAUUUGCAAUAAAGAAUUCGUUUGCUACAUGGGUGACUGCACGGGCAGUAUAUGUUUGGCUUAUGGCCUCGAGUCAUGCCAAUGCAUACCAGGACCAAAGGAUGAUAAAAUCAAGUCAUGUGAAUUGUGUUGCAAGCUUCCUGGUGAAGACAAUCCGUGCCGCAGUUCGUUCGAAUGGAAUGAGCCACCGUUUGAUGUGCCUGACAUGUACGCGAAACCAGGCACACCCUGCAACGAUUAUAAUGGUUAUUGCGACGUCUUCCAGAAAUGUCGUGAAGUUGAUCCUUCCGGACCGUUGGCUACACUGCGGAAACUGCUCUUAUCUGAAGAGAGUAUUGCUACAUUCAAAAAGUGGAUUCUGCAGAACUGGUAUACGGUGGCAUUGGCAGCAAUCGGCGUCUUUAUACUGCUGGUACUAAGCACCAAGCUCCUGGCGAAGCGCUCCAAUCUGAAACUAAAAUCAGUGACAAUUAUCCACAGCGCCACAACCGAAACAGUACGUCUGCCAGACGACAACAACGGCGUUAUCGUGCAUACAGCUGUCCGCACAAAGGUGCCUCUCAAGAAGAAGGUGCGCGGCGAACGCAGCAGCAAGAGCGCUGGUAAGAAAGCAGCUACGAAUGGCAAAGUAGGUGUGAAGUCCACCCAUGCAAGCGGAAAUCGUGUAGCGGCUAAAACGAUUGCACCUGCAGCAGAAGCAAAUGUUGAGGUAAAGAAACCGGUACGGGCGAAAAAGAAUCGUUUUACUGGCGGUGCCACAACUGCAGCAACGCAUAUGUCCAAUAGACUAAUCACAAAUCCUAUAACAUCCAAUUCGGAAAAAGUGGCCAAUGAUGCUAAAAAACUGAAAAAGUUCAAGAAACACAACAAGGAAAUAAUUGAUUACUCAGCCCGCAAUGCUCAAAAUACAGCUGGCGCAUCUGGUGCCCACACCAACACGUUUGGCAAAGUUCCCAAACCAAACCAACCUAAACUGCGCCAAGACAAGCGAAUACAUACGGAGCCAGGUGAUGCCGCUGGCCAAGCAGCCGUCAGAUGCGAAGCAGCAACUAACGCCACAACAACUGAGGCUGAGGGUGUAAAUCAAUAG